CACGGGGCAAACUUUGAAUGUGGAACUACCGGUCGUGGUCGUCACUUCCGGUGAGUGUUUACAAUAAAGACGGGCCUGGCGGGAUAACCGCGGCUCAAUUUUUUGGGUUUCAUAGGUGAAUCCGGCGGGCAUCGGAGCCAUCAGAACCGCAAACAUGACUGUGGGGAAGAGCAGUAAAAUGUUGCAGCACAUCGACUUCAGGAUGAGGUGCAUCCUGCAAGAUGGUCGCAUCUUCAUUGGCACCUUCAAGGCCUUUGAUAAGCACAUGAACCUCAUCCUGUGUGACUGUGACGAGUUCAGGAAGAUCAAGCCCAAGAACUCAAAGCAGCCAGAACGAGAGGAGAAGAGAGUUCUGGGCCUGGUCCUGCUGAGGGGUGAGAACUUGGUCUCCAUGACAGUGGAGGGCCCACCCCCUAAAGAUACCGGCAUCGCUCGCGUUCCUCUGGCAGGUGUGGCCGGGGGUCCAGGUGUGGGUCGGGCGGCGGGUCGCGGUGUUCCGGCUGGCGCGCCAAUGCCUCAGGCUCCUGCUGGACUGGCGGGGCCCGUGAGGGGUGUGGGCGGUCCAUCGCAGCAGGUGAUGACCCCGCAGGGAAGAGGUACUGUCGCUGCAGCCGCCGCCGGCGCCAGCAUCGCUGGAGCACCCACGCAGUAUCCUCCUGGACGAGGAGCUCCGCCUCCAAUGGGCCGAGGUGCCCCACCUCCUGGUAUGAUGGGACCGCCCCCUGGAAUGCGGCCUCCCAUGGGUCCUCCAAUGGGCAUGCCUCCUGGCAGAGGGGCACCGAUGGGCAUGCCCCCUCCAGGCAUGAGGCCGCCUCCCCCUGGCAUGAGAGGACCACCCCCUCCUGGCCUGAGACCGCCCCCUCGUCCUUAAAACAGAAGCUCAUCCACUGUAUAGAUUUUUUUCUUUUUACCAUUUUUUAAAUAAAAUUGCCCGUUUGCUUUAUAAUGUGCUGAUUGUUACAUGGUAACCAGUUCAAUAAAUGUUUAAUAAAAG